AUGUCCGUCACUACAACAUACACCAUCAGUAUAGUGACACUGGUGGUGCUCUCAGUGACCUAUCUCCUCCAUGCCCUCUACUGUCUAUUCCUCCACCCCCUGCGCAAAUAUUCCGGCCCAUGGCACUGGGCCAUCAGCGAUCUUCCCCGCAUCGCCCGCACUCUUCAAGGAACGAACGUCAAGAUUAUCCACGAGUUACAUCUCCGAUACGGCAACGUGGUGCGAGUAGGGCCCAACGAACUAUCGUACACCGACGGACAGGCCUGGAAAGACAUCUACAACCGCCACCGGGGCACCUUUCUCAAAGACCCCGACUUCUUCGGCGAAGCUCCCAACGGGGUCGUGCAUGUGGCGUCGGCCAGUGGCGCCACCCAUGCCAGGAUGCGACGGAUGCUACUACGCGGGUUCUCUGAGCGCGCCCUGCGCGAGCAAGGAGACCUACUCUUGAGACAUAUCAACCACCUGGUAUCGACGAUUCGAAACCACAUUACCCAUACCGACUCAGCACCAACACCAGUCAACGUGGUCGACCUACUCAACUUCACCACCUUCGAUAUCCAAGCCGACAUGACCUUCGGCGAGUCGCUCCACCUGCUCGACAACCAAACCUACGUGCCGUGGGUCCGGGCAAGCAUGGCCGGGGUCAAAUUCAUGGCGAUCCGAUGCGUGCUGCGCAAGCUGGCCUUAAUCGGCCGAGUCGUCGAGCUCCUGACGGCGUCGCGAAAAAAGCUCGAAGAACAUUUCAACUUCUCCGCCGACCUGGUCAAUCGCCGAUUGGCCCGGAGCGAAACCACCAACCCGGAUAUUUGGCGCUUCGUGUUACAGGAGAAAGAGGAGGUACGGCUGACUCUGCCGGAGAUGCAUUCCAAUGCGUUUGCUCUCAUGAUGGCUGGUAGCGAAACCACCGCGACCGUGCUCAGCGGUCUCGUCUAUUUUCUUCUGCGGGAGCCGGUCGCGAUGAAGCGGCUGGCGACCGAGAUCCGUGAUGCGUUUGCCACGGACAAGGAUAUUACCCCUAGGACGGUCGCCCGGCUCGAGUACCUCGAUGGGUGUAUCUUGGAGUCGAUGCGUCUGUACCCUGCUGCGCCGGUGGGUCUGCCGAGGCUGGUGCCAUCGGGUGGAGUUAAUAUCUGCAAUGAGAUGAUUCCAGGGGGUACCAUGGUGUACGUUAGUAACUACGCAGCCAACCGGUCCCCUCGCAACUUCAGCCGAGCGGAGGAAUAUCUCCCCGAGCGCUGGCUAGGGUUGGAUUCCGCCUUCGAGGAAGACCACAAGGACGCGUUUCAGCCGUUUUCGAUGGGACCGCAGAAUUGCCUGGGGCAGAAUCUGGCGUGGCAGGAGAUGCGGCUGAUCGUGUCCAAGCUGCUCUGGCAUUUCGAUAUCCAAGAUGCCAACACGAACGCAGGUUGGACUGAUCAGAAGACAUAUAUCGUGUGGGAGAAGAAGCCGUUGAUGGUUCAGAUGAUGCUGAGAUCGAAUUAA